AUGGCGGCCUUCCUUCGCGAAGACACCCGCUUGACCUUGGCUGAGAAUGCCCACCUGGUCAAGUCCCUGCGUAGCCACCGCCGGCUUCUCGCUCCCAUGCAAAUGUGGGUAGCCCAGAACAACGCAGUGCAGCUUGGGCCAACGACGUUGGUUCGAUGGCACCAAGUGACGCUCACGGACGACCCCGUCUCGAGAAAACUGGUCAAGGAGUGGGCGAUUCGGCGAAUGUACCACAACACGGCGGUUGUAUUCCGCGGAUUGCCAUCUUCGUGUGACGACGAUGUAUGCAUUACAUCGGUGGAGUAUUCGCAAUACGUGUGGGACGCUCCGUUGGAAGUGACACGUCGUAAAUGCUGCAACACCACAUGGACGACUUGUGCAAUUUCGACCAAUUUCGACCCUACUUCCGUAAAACUACAAACUAUAGCCAACACGUAG